AUAGCGGGGCAUGCGCAGCGGUAGUGGGGACGGACGCAGGCGGUGGGGCUAGGGCACGCGGGCUCUCUCCGUGGACGCACCGACUGAGGUACCGCUGCCGCUGCCGCUGUGGGCCGCCCGAGGGCCUGGCUUGUGAGGUUGCGCGGAGCCCAGGUGGCGUCCGCCGGAGCUUCAGGCUUAUUUGACACCAUGACGCUGCUCCACCUAGCCUUCCCUAACUGCUUCCUGUUGACCUGGGUCAGCUUAUGGAGUGCUGUUCCUGAAGCUCACGCUGUGUCCACGGGGACACCAGGCAUCAGUGCGGCCUUUUUCCUGCAGGACCUCCUGCAUCGCUACGGGGAGGGUGACAGCCUCACCCUGCAGCAGCUGAAGGCCCUGCUCAACCACCUGGAUGUGGGCGUGGGCCGCGACAAUGUCACCCAGCCCAUGCACGGACAGAGGAACCUCUCGACGUGCUUUAGUUCUGGAGACCUCUUUGCUGCCCACAACUUGAGCAACCAGUCACGGAUUGGAAGGAUUGAGCUCCAGGAGUUUUGCCCUACCAUCCUCCAGCAGCUGGAUUCCCGAGCCUGCUCCUCUGAGAACCAGGAGAACGAGGAGGAUGAGCAGACGGAAGAGGGAAAGCCAAGCGCCAUUGAAGUGUGGGGCUUUGGCUUCCUCAGUGUUUCACUGAUUAACCUGGCCUCUCUCCUGGGAGUCCUCGUCCUGCCAUGCACGGAGAAAGCAUUUUUCAGCCGUGUGCUCACAUACUUCAUCGCCCUGUCCAUUGGAACGCUGCUCUCUAACGCGCUCUUCCAGCUCAUCCCAGAGGCUUUUGGCUUCAACCCUCUGGAAGAUUAUUAUGUCUCCAAGUCUGCAGUGGUGUUUGGGGGCUUUUAUCUUUUCUUUUUCACAGAGAAGAUCUUGAAGAUGCUUCUUAAGCAGAAAAAUGAGCAUCAUCAUGGACAUAGCCAUUAUGCCUCUGAGACGCUUCCUUCCAAGAAGGACCAGGAGGAGGGGGUGACUGAGAAGCUGCAGAAUGGGGAUCUGGACCACAUGAUUCCUCAGCACUGCAGCAGCGAGCUGGAUGGGAAGGCCCCUGUGAUGGAUGAGAAGGUCAUCGUGGGCUCACUCUCCGUCCAGGACCUGCAGGCUUCCCAGAGUGCCUGUUACUGGCUGAAAGGCAUCCGCUACUCUCAUAUCGGCACUCUGGCCUGGAUGAUCACCCUGAGUGACGGCCUCCACAAUUUCAUCGAUGGCUUGGCUAUCGGUGCCUCCUUCACCGUGUCUGUUUUCCAAGGUAUCAGUACCUCAGUGGCCAUUCUCUGUGAGGAGUUCCCACAUGAGCUGGGAGACUUUGUCAUCCUGCUCAAUGCCGGGAUGAGUAUCCAGCAGGCUCUCUUCUUCAACUUCCUUUCUGCCUGCUGCUGUUACGUGGGCCUGGCCUUUGGCAUCCUGGCUGGCAGCCACUUCUCUGCCAACUGGAUCUUUGCACUGGCUGGAGGAAUGUUCUUGUAUAUUGCUCUGGCUGAUAUGUUCCCUGAGAUGAAUGAGGUGUGCCAAGAGGAUGAAAGGAACGGCAGUGUCUUGAUCCCCUUUGUCAUCCAGAACCUGGGCCUCUUGACUGGCUUCACCAUCAUGCUGGUCCUCACUAUGUAUUCAGGACAGAUCCAGAUUGGGUAGGGCCCUGCCAGGAGCCGGCAGGAUUGGAAGUUGGCCCUCCGCCGCCUGGUCCCUGGCCUGAGGACUCGACACCCACGACGCACCUCCGAAGAGGCGGUUGUAUUAAAAACUGUGACAUGGACUGUACUCUUGCAUUCAAAUGUCAGCUGUUUUUACACACGCUCUGUCCUAGGAAUAAGCUGCCGUGGCAACCAGGCUCUAGGUAGUGCCUCCUUCCCGUCCCCCUUCUUUCUCAGAGUGACCCUGCAACUGGAAUGCGGCUUCCUUAGCGGGCAAGCCUCACUUCUUCUCUGGCUACCCUGGCCUCUUUCUCUUAAAACCAGCGCCGACAGAUUUUGCGUCCUUGCCCUACAAUGCAAAAAUACUGCCAGUGCCGUGACUUCGUUAGCAGUAUUAUUAGGUGAGUCUGUUGUUUCAGGGCCCAUGAAUCUAAAUGUGUGUCCUGGACCUCAGGAUGACCCAUUUUGAAAUAAAUUCACCUAUUUUUCCAGAGAAAAAGUACAGGAAACAACAAUCCCUCCUAUUUUUUCAAAGUCUGUCCAGUUGCCUGUUUUCUCAAUGAGAACUGAAAGUUGGAACACAUCUAUAGGGCAAGAGAGGUGGCGAGGAUCACCCCAGGCGGGGGGGCGGGGGGGCAGAAGUGCUGGAUGAUGAUGUGGCUGCAGCUGGUGUGUGGUGGCCGAACAGGUGAGCCGGCGCUCCCCGCUGGUGGGCUGCUCGCUCCGCACGGUCAGUCGCCUGGACCACCUCCCCUUUCACAUUAAUACUGACAGAAUGGAAGGCGGAGAAUGGAGACCUGCAAGAAAUCCGUUGGUUUUGCUGUGAUUUCCGCCUCCCCUUCCUCCCCUCUCCCAUCUUCUGAGAGACUUUUUAUCUGCAUCCCUAGAAGCACAUUUACAGUCUUGUAUCAGAGGGGAGACUACACAAAUCCCCCCCCGCCCCGGCCAGCACUUCUGCCGCAAAGUGGCGCAUUUCCUCGCAGAAUUGGGUGCAGUUCAGGCUCUUCUUAGACACAGGUGGCCGGAAACGGACUCGGUACAGGCACAAUGUAGGAGUUAAUUGCAUAAACAAAAGUACGAGUAAUGGAAGUCUGAGAUGGAGGAUGGGCACUGCAGUGCUUGCUGGACAGGGGCUUCCUGAUGAGAUGCUGAGUGGGUUUUAGGUUGCCCUUCCUCCCUCACCCCAAGUGAGAAAGGGCGAAUCCUGUACUGAACUGACCGUUAAUUGCUCUGACCCACUUCAGAGGAUGGAUUGAUAGACUUGUCUUUGAGACUGUAGGCCAGCCCCAGGCACUGUGGAGCCCUCUCCUCAGAACGGUGGCUUCAAGGGGAGCUCAUCUCCAGGUUCACUAGGUGAAUUGAUUUAUUAUUAUCAUAUUGAUAAUGUGAGAUUCUUUAGCCACUUUGGGGAGCCAGUCUCUCCAGAAGCCUUUCUUCGUGGUGCCCACAGUUGCAGCCCAGGGGCUACGUUCACUAGCUGAUUUGUGUGCGUGACUGACGAGUGCUGGUCAUGGCCAACACCUGUGAGUUUUUCUGUUCUCACACAGGAAGACUUUCCACUGUACAGUAAUUAAAAACCAUGUCUAUUUUGUGUUUUGGUGUUUUUUUUCUUCUUGGGAAAUGGCCCUCAAACCAGGAAUAGUCUUGAAUAGAGUAUGAGCAGGAAAACUGCUGGCGAUGCUUCAUAAGUUUUUCUCCUUCUCUUGCCUGUUGACUUGGAUAGAUUUGAGAAUGGGCUGAAGAAGAAGGAAAACUUGAGUUCUCAAGAUUCUAGAGUAAAUAUCAGGACUGACUCCUGAUAGGAUUAUGGUCCAAUUUUACCAAAGAACCAAUUCCUUGAAUGUUGGAAUCUAACUUUUUAUAUUAUCAUUAUUUUUAUUGUCGUUACUGUUUUAAAACAGUUCUUUGUCUUUUCUGUUUUAUUUUUCUCAGUGUCUGACAUUGCUUUCAGGAGGUAGUAGCAAAUAACACUCAAACCUUGAGACUUUACCAAGACUUUUCUUUCCCUGAUUCACAUGGCUAUAUGAAAGUUAUAAUUUUAGCAUUCCCUGUAGACCUGCCAUUCCUUACAAUACCAUUCUUAGAGUAGAAUACUAAGUUAGAGUUAGUGGGUCCUAGCUUUAGGAGAAGAGCUUGAAAAUGUAAUUGUUAUCAAAUUUAAAAAGUAUGAAGUACUAGGGUGCUUUCCCUUUUCAUGCACAUCUGUAUUAAGAACUUUCCUUUCAUAGACAGCUGCCUCAAAGGGAAAUUCUCUUUAAACCGUAAUUGGUCCAGAGGCCAGUCCUGGCUGGAACUUGGUUGGGGUGGAGGCACACGAGUAGUACAGCUGAGUGUCUGUUGCCACUGGCGGCAGAUUCGCCUCACGCAUUGAACAUGUGGCGAUUCCCUUUUGACUUUUCAGUAUUGGAUUUGCUGUUUUAAGCAUUGGUACAUAUUAGAAGUCUGAGACGUAGCAAGUUUUGAGAACUUGUUCACCCCUGGCAUUAGCGUCUUCCACGUCUUUCCCCAGGCGACCAGCUCCUAACUGCAGGAGCAGUGACCCAGGAGCGGGGGUUCCGCUGCUUUUUACUCUUGCCCUGGUGGGCAGGUUGCCUUCUGUCCUUGCCCCCAGAGGCGGUUAAUAUCUUUUGUGUCUAGUGUCAGCGUGGGGCUUUCCCUCAUUGGUCCUUCACCCUGGGUUUAAAAGAGAGGGCAUCUCUGUUUGGGUAUCCUAGGACCUGUCUUUAGUAAGUCCUCUUACAAAGAGAUGGUAGUAUUCUGGAAGUCUGCUUAAAAACAAAAAGCUGUCUGAGUUUUGCAAAAGAGGUUAGAUUUUGUUGUUCAUCUUUCCUUUUACAGUUCUGCAGUUCCAUCACAGUAUUUUUUUAAAUAACUCAGGUGUUAUGAGGAUGAAUUAGAAAAGAAAAUAACUUAUGUGGAUGGUAAAUGUUUUAUUUGUAAGAUUCUAUAAAUAAAGCUAUAUUCUGUAUUGCCGAA